UUUCAGGGUCUUGAGGCAUAUGACUGAGAACAAAGAAAGAAAGAAUUCGAGACCAAGAGUGUUGUCUUAUAAGCCGGGAGUUGAUCCGGAAGGCAAUUCAAAGGCCAUUUUGAUCAGACACAUUCCAUUUGGAUUAUUCGAGAAGGAAUUGUUGAAUUACUUCUUGCAGUUCGGUACUGUUCGACGUGUGCGAGUUGCAAGGAACAGAAAGACCGGAAAUCAUAAAGGAUGGGCUUUUGUACUUUUCACAGAUUAUGAGGUAGCGCAGUUAGCAGCUGAAGCUAUGGAUGGUUAUUUAAUGUUCGAAAAACGACUGGAGUGCAGAGUAAUAAAAAACAAAGAUUUUCCGUCCUGUUUAUAUAAAGGACCACGAAUAAUUCCGCCACCGUUAAAAAAUGCUACUAGGAAGCGUCAUGCGAAGAAACUGAAUAAGAUGCAAAGUGGAUGGUGUGAAGAAGCAGCUAAAAAACGUCUACUGAAGAAUGUAAAGAUUAGAACAAAUAAAUUUGCUGAACUCGGUUAUCAGUUGCCACCCAUUGUUGGACUCUCGGAAACGAAACAAAUAACGCCACUGAUGAAUAAAACAAGCCUAAUUAAAACUGAAGAAAUAAAAUCAGAUGAUAGAGAAAGUCAGGUGCAGAGCAAGCAAUCAAAAAAAUUAAAGAAAACUCUCGUUGCGAAAAAGACUACAAGUGAUAGGUAAGAACUCAGCGAAUGUGAUGAAAAAUGGAAUAAGAGAAACGAGUUUGGAAGUGUUCUUCAACAUCACUGGAUUGCAUCAUAAUAUUAUUGUACUCCGGUUAUGUUGUUUAUGUUUGAUGUUUCGCAUCGGAUAAAAGUUUUCAGUCA